AACCCCUGAUCUAAAGGCUUUUUCUCUGAGUUUCAACUCUACAACAUCCUAUGUCAUCCUUGCUAGAUUACAUCCAUAAUUUCAGAAACCAAUACUAUCUUCAAAUAGAUUAUAUCAGAAUGCAGUAGAAACAUAUAGAAAAGCAAAUCAAGAUACAGAUUAUCUCUCAUUCCAAAAUUAUUUGUUGAUGGUUUUCAAAAUCUGUGCAAAAUUUAAAUCAAAAGAUCAAUAUAGCUGAACCAGCACACAUAUGAUUAAAGCAUUGGAAAAAUUCAGGGAAUCCAAUAAUUCUGCUAAGUGUUCCAAAGCAACAUGGAAUGUUCUUACUAGUUAAGUUAAUCCACUACUUAAAAAAUAUAGCAGCCACAAUAAUUUGCACUUAGUUAAAUAUCACAAGCAAAACUUUGGGAUGUGGAGAUGAAGUGCACAUUUAUAAUAUUGAUCUAAGGCAGAAGUAUUCUAUAAAUGUUCUGGAACACUGAUCUUGCUGUUAUUUUAGCCAAUAUAGUGAUAUACUGAAAGCCCAGUAACUAUUUGAGAACAACCCAGGUACAUAACCUAAAGCACUUAAAGCUAUCAGAAAACCAUUUUACUACUUCUGCCUACGUCAUUCAACCAACAGCCCAGAUACAUAUAAAUUGGUGGCGGAUCUCAGCAUGAACCUCUAGUAGCUCUUUACUUCUUUUCUGCUCAGAUUUGCUACCAGGUGUUUCACCUACUGUACAUAAUGAAGGUGGUACUAUUAGGCCUGCUUUUUCUCUGUGUCAUGGUCAUAUAUUCUGAAACAACAACUGUUAAACUCUGUGGGAGAGAAUUUGUCAGAGCUGUUGUCUUUGCUUGUGGAGGAUCACGGUGGAAAAGACAACUUGGUGACCCUUUCUCAGAAGGGCUCAUAGGUGAGCAUAUAAAUUGCCCAUAUAUAUUUAUCAUUUAAUCUCAUUCAACAGAUGCCAAUGGAAAUUACAUGGAGAAGUCAAAAUCCCAAAGCAACGAAUUAAUCCAGUACAACAUGGAGUCUGAGAAAGAUUUGCGAGGCAUGCAACAGAGGUCUGUGUACAAAAGAAAUGAGGAUGUCAUGCAGCUUACAAUCACUUGUUGUACUAUUGGGUGCAGUGCAAACUCUAUAAGUUCACUGUGCUAAAAAUGUUAAGAUCCUGCCAUGGAAGCUUAUCUAAAUAAGAUGCAUCGUAUUUAGAACAAGAGCGUUUUCAAAUCUUUUCUGUAUUUGUAUUUCACAACUCUGCUGCUGCUAUUCUACUUAGGAUGUUAUACAAAUUAGAAUUUUUUUUUUUCAUACGUGUAUCACCCAUCUGAAGUUAGCUGCUUUGUUUCCUAAUCUUGAAAUAAAAAUGUGCAAUUCUGUAAA